GCUGUCGUCUGUCAAAAUCUCCUGAAUUCCGAUCCGGUGUGGUUUCUGUGUUCACAUGUUAUAAAAAUGUCGAUUUUCGCAAGUCCUUUGUCUGUUGCGGGCACCAGAACGUCUGGAGCCCCCGUGCGUACUCAAAAUGUUAUGGCUGCAGCUUCUAUAGCUAACAUAGUAAAGAGUUCCCUUGGUCCAGUGGGAUUGGAUAAGAUGCUUGUAGACGACAUCGGAGAUGUUACAGUAACAAAUGACGGAGCAACAAUUCUGCGUUUGUUAGAAGUGGAACAUCCGGCCGCUAAGGUUCUAGUUGAGUUAGCUCAACUGCAAGACGAAGAAGUAGGAGACGGAACGACAUCAGUUGUUAUUAUUGCAGCUGAGCUGCUAAAGAACGCUGACGAACUAGUUAAACAAAAGAUUCACCCUACAUCAAUUAUUAGUGGUUAUCGCCUAGCUUGCAAGGAAGCGUGCCGGUACAUUCAGGAUAAUUUAACAAUCCCAGUUGAAGAACUCACAAAAGCUUGUGUAGUAAAUGUUGCAAAAACAUCAAUGAGUUCCAAAAUUAUAGGAGCUGACGCUGAUUUAUUUGCGGCAAUGGUUGUUGACGCCGCUAACGCCAUCAAAGUAUUAGAUUCCAGCAAAAACCCCCUGUAUCCAAUUAAGGCUGUAAACAUUUUAAAAGCCCAUGGACGCAGCGCUAGGGAAAGUAUGCUGAUCCAAGGCUAUGCUCUCAACUGCACUGUAGCCAGCCAGGCUAUGCCUAAAAAGAUCGUUCAUGCUAAAAUUGCAUGUUUGGACUUCUCUUUGCAAAAGGCAAAAAUGAAGAUGGGCGUUCAGGUUUUGAUCAAUGAUCCUGAAAAACUGGAAGCUAUUCGUGCGCGAGAACUUGACAUCACAAAAGAAAGAAUCCAGAAAAUAUUGGCAGCGGGCGUCAACGUUGUUUUGGUUAGUGGAGGAAUAGAUGAUUUAUGUUUAAAAUAUUUCGUUGAAAGCGGUGCCAUGGGCGUUCGACGAGUGAAAAAAGCGGAUUUAAAACGCAUCGCGAAGGCAACAGGAGCUGCCUUUUUAACAUCAUUGACAAAUAUGGAUGGUGAAGAAUGUUUUGAUUCUAGCAUGGUGGGAGAAGCAGCAGAAGUAGUUCAGGAAAGAAUUUCAGAUGAUGAACUGAUCUUGAUUAAGGGUCCCAAGGCUAGAACUGCCGCUUCGAUAAUCUUGCGUGGACCCAACGAUUUUUAUUGCGACGAAAUGGAAAGAUCUGUACAUGACGCUCUCUGUGCUGUUAAGAGAGUUCUCGAAUCAAAAAGCGUUGUUGCUGGUGGAGGUUCCGUCGAAGCUGCCUUAUCUAUUUAUUUGGAGAAUUUCGCCACCACAUUGAGUUCGCGCGAACAAUUAGCUAUAGCCGAAUUUGCGAAAAGUUUAUUGGUUAUUCCAAAAACGUUGGCUGUUAAUGCGGCUCAAGAUGCGACAGAUCUUGUCGCCAAAUUAAGAGCCUAUCAGAAUACAAGUCAAACUAAAGCGGAUCUCGCGAAUUUGAAGUGGGUUGGUCUUGAUUUACUGGAAGGGGUUGUUAGGGAUAAUAAAAAAGCAGGUGUUCUCGAGCCGACGGUGUCGAAAAUUAAAUCUCUUAAAUUUGCAACUGAAGCCGCGAUUACUAUUUUGAGAAUUGAUGAUAUGAUUAAAUUGGAUCCUGAACAGAGGGGAGAUAAGAGCUACAAACAGGCUAUGGAGAGUGGAGAGUUGUAUGAUUAGUUUGCAGUAUUGUGGUAUUAUUUUUGUAUUUCCCUUGUAACACAGUAACGUAAUUUACACGAAAAAAAUAAAAAUCUCACCUACUA